UAGGAUGUUAACCUGUUUUCCUUCCUGGUUUCUUUGUGCCUUGUUUUCCCUGCUUGGUUUUGUUUGGAUGAUUACCUGUGUUUUGACCCCUGUGUUUUGGAUUGUGCUCUUGGAUUACUCUUUGAAUAAGCUGCUGCAUUUGGAUCCCUUGCCUACUCUUUGCUUGCCAAGCAUCCAGUCAUAACAGAACGACUGACCAAACAUGGAUCCAGCAGUAGCCCUUGUUCACCUACGCCAGGACAGUUUUACUCGGGGACCAUAUUCAAAGGUAUUUGGAUAUUGGCAAUAAAUCAAACCUCCCAGACUUUGUUCUAAUAGCCUUUUUCUGCUAUGGACUCAAUCGACCACUCAGAGACUUCCUGGUCAAAAAUAGUCCUUUAGGGUCUCUUGCUGAAUUUUUGGACUCUGCCCUUCUGUCUGUGGGUUCCCCUCUCACUGUUAGGGAGGUCAAGGAGAAUGCAACUGUUAAACAUCUUUUGGGGGAGGGGGGCAGUGGUCCGGGAGCUCUGGUGGCCACAGAGCUUGGCCAAUCAUGGUCUCCAGCAAGCCCCACACUGGUGAUGGCCAGUGUUUUCCCCACUCCAGCACCUCUCCACAACAUGGCCACUGUUGCAGAGCUUCUCCACAAGCCAGAGUCUACACCCAAAAUGCCUGCCAUGUCCAAGUCACCUCCCAAGAUGGCUGCCAUGUCCCAGCCAGAAUCAGCACUCAAGAUGGCCGCCACGCCAGAGCCUCCACCCAUCAUGUAAGUCACGCCAAGGUCUUCAGCCACAAUGGACGACACGCCAGAGUUUCAGGUCGUCAUGGAUGCCAUGCCAGAGAUCCCAGUAAUCAUGAGUUGUGUUUGGAGACAACAAGGCUUGCCAUGAGUGUUUUGAGGCUGGCUUCCAGUUCGGCGGACCCACCGUUAAUGUCAGUGAGACAGCUGGCAUUCCAAAGCCUAGUUCCCCUAUCUACAGUGCUUCCAGUUAUGGUGGUAGCUAUCUGGUGUUUGGGCUGCAUACUGUCCGCCAGGUCCAGCCCUGUAAUCUGUUCCCUCCGCCAGGUCCAGCCCUGUAAUCUGUUCCCUCCGCCAAGUCCAACCCUGGAAUCUGUUCCUGAGCCAGGUCCAGCCCUGGAAUCUCCUCCAGUUCCCUUGUCAUGGGCAGGAGUGCCAUUUCCUGUUCCUAUGACUCUGAGUCCAACUCUUUCUGAGGUGGUGGAUUGCACUGCAGAACCUCUCAAAGUGGCGGCAUCCGCUUCAGCUCCUCCAGAGGUGGCAGCUUCUGCUGCAAAACCUCCAGAGGCAGUGGCAUCUGAAUGUGAACUAUCUGCCUGUCCUGUUUUGGCCACAGAGGCUGUUGAUAACCUUUUUUUUUCCUCCAGUCCAGCCUGA